CAAGAUAGCAACAAAUCUGGUGAACAGCUUACACUACAUGAGAUAAGAGAGGCAAGGCGACCAUAGAAGAGAGCAAGCCCUAUCCAAUUACUGAGACCUGGCUUUGGGGAGGGGGAAGGGAGGGAGAGAGGACGGAUCACAAGUUUCAGUCCAAACUUGUCAUCUCCCUGUGACACAAGGGGAUAAAACCGCCACUUAGCCCGCACAAGAGCUAGAGCUUGUUGAGUGUGGUCAGAGGCCGGAGCGAAGCCAUGGAUUCCAUAGUCCUCCAGCUGUGGGCUGGCCUCUGCCUCUUGGUUCACCUUGCCGCUUGCAGUCCCAUCCUGAGCUUGGAGCACUCUUCCUUGGAGGAAGGCGAGCCUCUUUUCGAUGAAUUCCUAUCCGAGCAGGAUGGCGUUGAUUUCAACACAUUGCUUCAGAAUAUGAAGAACGAGUUCCUGAAGACAUUGAACCUCUCUGACAUUCCUCUGCAUGAAUCGGCCAAAGUGGACCCACCAGAGUACAUGCUCGAGCUGUACAACAAGUUUGCCACCGAUAGGACAUCUAUGCCAUCUGCAAAUAUCAUUAGGAGCUUCAAAAAUGAAGACCUUGCUUCCCACCCUGUUGGUGUCAUAGGAGUUCGGAAAUACCCUCUUCUGUUCAACGUCUCCAUCCCUCACCAUGAAGAAAUCACCAUGGCGGAGCUGAGGCUCUACACCUUGGUGGAGAGGGACCAAAUGCUCUAUGACGGGCUCGACCGAAAGGUCACCAUUUUUGAAGUGCUGGAAAACAACCAUAUGGGGGUAGGAGAAGAAAGAAAGAUCGUGGCGUUGGCAUCCAGACAGAUCUACGGCACAAGCAGCGAGUGGGAGAGCUUCGAGGUGACCGAAGCCAUCAGGCGUUGGAGAAGGGCAGGGCUGACCACGCACCGGCUGGAGGUUCACAUUGAGAGCAGAGAAGGGGAGGAGCAGAAUGGAGAGGGGAAACUCGACAUCGACAUCAACUCUGAGGCUAAGCACGUGCCCCUGUUGAUUGUGUUCUCUGAUGACCAAAGCAAUGAUAAGAAAGAGGAGAAGCAAGAGCUGAACGAAAUGAUAGACCAUGAGCAGCUCCUGGACUUGGAGAACCUGGAGGUUGGCAAUUUCCACGGACACCCUGGUGAGGAGGCUCUGCUCCAGAUGCGUUCCAACAUCAUUUAUGACUCUACUGCUCGAAUCCGGAGGAACGCAAAAGGCAACUACUGCAAAAAGACCCCACUCUACAUAGAUUUCAAAGAGAUUGGCUGGGAUUCCUGGAUCAUCGCUCCAGCGGGAUAUGAAGCUUAUGAGUGCCAUGGAGUGUGCGCCUACCCCUUAACAGAGCACGUCACCCCAACGAAACAUGCUAUUGUCCAGACUUUGGUUCACUUGAAGAAUCCCCAGAAAGCCUCCAAGGCCUGCUGCGUGCCCACUAAACUCGAUCCUAUCUCAAUUCUCUACAUGGAUGCAGGGGUGGUCACCUACAAGUUCAAAUAUGAAGGCAUGGUGGUAUCAGAGUGUGGCUGCAGAUAGUAGCAGGGAACACAUGCACAGGGGAGUGCACAAGGGAAGUAUUUAAUGAUUCAGUCUGUAAAUUUGUACAUUUCGGAUUUCCUAUUUAAUAAGGUUAUUUAAUGAGGCAUGUACAGAUAAUUGUAUGUUUCCUGUCAUGGGGAAUGGGCAAGUCAUAUGACCGAAGGCGAAUGUAUAUUUUGUUCCAUUGCUUGCUUCUUGCUAUUCUGUUCCAGUUAUGACCAUCUCUCUUCAUACCUGAGCAUAGAGCA